AUGCUCCAUAUGGGUCCGCCAUGCACCCGUCCAUCUAUUCCAGCUUCCAAGACGCCGUCAGAAUUGCUAGAGAGGAAUUUCCCACUCUAUUUAUUGCAGACUGCAGAGACUUGUCGGUGUACCUCAUCAAUGAAAACGGUAAGGAAGAGCUUCCCCAAUUCAAGAAGCAACUCAUCAGUGCAUAAAACUUUUACCGAGUACAGUCUGCCCACAGUAGAAAAGAUUCCAUCAUGGAACGAGAAAUCUAAUAAGGGAGUAUGGACCAUCGAAAAGUUGCAAAACAAUAUGAGCCUCGCUUUUGAGGACGAUAAGCUGCGUCCUAAUCUAGAACAAAAGGAUUCUGCUCUGAAAGAAAUCGAGAGAACUGUUGAAAAGAUGCGGAAUCAAGAAGAGAAACUUCUCCAGUGCACCAAGGAAAAUGAGCGUCUCCAGAAUGAACUAGCCAAACUCGAUCAAAAGCUCGGGACAAUAAAUGAAAAUGAGGUCGAGAGUCGAGCCGUGAAGAAGGAGAACGACGACUUGAAAAAGAAGAAGGACGAGAUAUCAUCUCGAUUUCGUUCUUCAUCCCGAGAUGCUAAGUCGAGUCCAGUGGCACCUCAUCGACGCUUGAGAUCUGCUGAUGCUCCAACAAUCAUCCAACAAGGCACAGGAAACCAGGGAACUCCAGCGACGCCAACGACAAAUCAGAUAGCUUCUCGACGUCGUUCUCCAUCAGGACGUUCUACUGCCCCAGUUGCUCCACGUCGACGCUUGACGCCUACGUCAAGAAUGAUCCGGCCAUGUGGCAGAAGCGCUGAUGGAUCGCAAAAAGCUUUCGGUUGUCCUCGUAGAAGGUAUUCAAAAGAUUCUGCCAAGCGAUCUUCAGGAGUAGCAGCAGCUUCAACUACUGUAGCUUCGUCUGGUGGUCGUGGCCGUGGAAGAGUGGCUACAGGAGCAACCACUGUUCGUGCCCAAGGAAAUGCCUCAACAUCCCCAAGUAGCCGUGGAAGAGGAAAAUCGUCAGCCACCAAUGCACCAACCAUCACUCGCAAACGAGCUGCCCCCACGGUCCAGAAAAAAGAAAAUGGACGUCCUCCGACGGAGAAUGUUUAUGGAGACGAUAUGCUCAUUUGGCUUCAGGAUCAGCUUCUUUCACCCCACUAUACGAGAAGCUGCAAAAAGAUCUCAUUGAAGCUGCUCGAGUCACUGAGGUCUUCAAAAAGGAAGUGCACUCAAAACUGCAGCAGACUCAGAAAUAUAAAGAGGAUCAGAAGGCUUCGCACGAUGCUGAAAUCAAAAAUCUCCAAAACUCGCAAAAAUCUCGAGACAGCUACAGAAGGACUGAAGACUCUUCAAGGCAAUCUUCGCGAGUCGGAAGACCAGAAGCGCGCAAUUCAGAAAGAGAAAGAGGACGCUGUGGGAAAGCUUCAGGAUCUAGAGGGAAAAAUUCUUCAGUGCAAUAAGGAUAAGGAGCAUCUCCAGAAAACAGUCAAAGAACUCGAGGGAAAAAUUCAAGAAUCUGUCGUCUCCAACAAAGAACUCGAAGCAAGACUGCAGGUGGUGGAUAGCAAAAAAGGAAAGCUUCAAGAAGAAAAUAGAAGACUGGAGACAACGGUAAAUACGCUUCAAAUGGAUGUAGCUAAACUUCAGAAAUGUGUGGAGCAGGCAACCGCCGCCAACGGACAACUUGCUGAAAAACUGAACGCUUCUGAAGAAAAGAACAGGGAUUUGGAGGGAAAAAUAGCCAAUCUUGAGGAAUCACUUGUAAGACGAGCUAACGAUUCAUUGGUUUUGGAGCGGAUAUUGAAUGAGGCAAAUGCGGGAUUAGAACGAUUGAGAGCUGCUGAAGAAAAUUGUCGAGAAUCAAUGACUCCCGAGGAUCCUUCGUCGGAGACUGUUGUUGCAGCGAAUCUCCAAAUCGUUCACGACGGUGUUGAUAUCAUUCCUGAGCUCGACGACUUUGAUGACACAGAUCCACAGGACAUACUUUCUGAUGCAGAGGCGGAUGCAGAUGAAAGAGAUCAAGAAGACGUCGAACUGGCUGGCCCCGUCGAUGCUGAGCAUCGGAGAGACACGCCUGCUGAUCAGGAUGCACCGUCCACGAGCAGAAGAGCUGGAAAACGUGGGCUUGGGAAGAAUAACAACGACUCCCAGGCUAAGAAGAUCCGAGAGGAGAAAGAAGAGAAGGAGAGGAAGAUGGAUCAGGAGAAAAAUGAUAGGAAGAGACGAUAUGAAGAGAGAGAGCUGAGACGAGUGGAAGCAGGGCUUUGUGACGGAGUAGAAGAACCAGAAGCGGCUGGAGGUCCAUCACAGGACAAGAACCCCCGUAGCAGAUCAGAAGAGAGAUUGUUGGUCGAGGACGAUCAGGAUUUUGACAUAGAAGCGCAUUUCGAGGAAGAUGCAGAGGAGGAGCCAUGUCGUCCAACCUGGGCGAAGAGGGAGAAAACUAAUAAAACGCUCGAGCAAAGGAAGCAGCAGACAGCGCCUGCAAUCGAGGCAAAGAGGCGAAGGAUUGAGGAAAAAAAGGAGAAGAAGAGGAAAGAAGAUGAGCUGAAAAAGAUGUUAGAGGAAGCCAGAAAUUAUUCGAAUCAUCAGCCCCCGAUCCCCACAGCUCCAACGGCUCUGUCAACACCGUCAUCAUCUAGUUUGGCUUCAACAAAUGCAAAAAAUUCAGAAUAUCAAGUUGCUCAGCUUCAAAAAGAACUAGCAAUGGAACGAGAAAAGAACAUCCGAGCCGAAGCUGGUGAGUUAUUUUUGAAGGAUAUGGAGUACCCAUUUGAAAUUUACAGAAAUCGAACAACUCCAAAUGUUGGAAAGGCACUCCGCCGGCAUGCUCUGACAACUCGAAUCACAGAGCAUCAAGAAAGAAGUUCUAGAGGACGAGGAGCGACAAAUCACCGUCGACGAGGCAAAACUGGAGAAAUCCUCCCAGGGAAGAAUCUCAAUCUUUCGUGCUACUUCUUCAAUCCAAAUGAGAAUAAGGCUUCCCGAAAGGUGAUCGACGCAUCGAAUAGCUACGUUUUCUGUGAGUUGAUACCAUUCAAGUUGUUCAAUCAGAUUUCGAUAUUUUCAGACCCAAAAUGGAACGAACUGGGAUCCACGGAGAAAAAGGAGUAG